UAGUUGAGAGCGGCGCUGCUCGGUGCAGGUACCCUGCUGGGGGUGGGCCAGGGUAUCCUUGCCCCCCGGCCGGUGUGAAGCCCCUUCCCCGCCGGAGAAACUGAGGCCGGGAGUCUCUGCCCCCCCGCUGUCUGUCCCAGAGCCGGGAGAACUACGAGUGCCAGGAUGGCGGCGGGGGAGCGCUCCCCACCUGUGGCCCUGUAAAACCUGCUUACUGCGCCCGUCCCGCAGCCGGACCCGGAGCCCCGGAACCUCGGAGAGGCUCGGAACCGGCACCGGAGGCCGCCCCCCAGCCCGGGAUUUAGCCGGACCCCCGGACCUCGCCUCUGCGCGGUGACCUGGCACCGGCCCCGCCAUGGACGGCGAGAGGCUGCCCAGCGCCCGAGACCUGUUGGACAUGAAUUUCCAGUCCCUGGCCAUGAAGCACAUGGACCUGAAGCAGAUGGAGCUGGACACGGCGGCGGCUAAAGUGGACGAACUGACCAAGCAGCUGGAGUCCCUGUGGUCCGACAACCCCACGCCGCCCCCUCCCUCGCAGGCCGGCGUCGCCCCGAGGCUGAGCCGCUCCAGCCCCGGCCCCGGCCCGGACCACGGCAGCCGGCCGCCUCCGCCACGCAGCCGGCCCCCCGACGGCUCCGAUCCCACCCCGGCCCUGGCCCCCUACAGCCCGCUGUCCCCCAAGGGCCGGCCCGCCUCCCCAAGACCCUCCAUCUUCCUGCAGCCCGAGACCUUCCCUACCCUGGGCCGGGCCCCAUCCCCCCGCCCCGGGGCCGUGGCCCUCCGCUCGGCUGGACCCCUGGACCACCCCGGGGCCGCCGCCUUCCGCCCCAUCCCCUCCCCGCAGUACCUGUCCAGCCGCGCCGCCUCCCCGCGGCUCGGGCCUUCCCACGCCGACGGCCCCGGCCCGCAGAUCUUCUUCCCGGACCGCGUCCCCUCACCCCGACCGACCCCGUCCUCCCCGUUCGACGGCUCCCCGCCCGCCGGAGCGGCCAGCGCCUUCGCCCCGCUCCGGGCUCAAGACGACCUGACCCUCCGGCGGAGACCCCCGAAGACCUGGAAUGAGUCCGACCUGGACCUGGUGUACGAGAAGAAGCCGUCACACAGCAGCAGCUACGAGCGUCUGGAUGUCUUCGGGGGGCUGCGCCAGGUGCCCCCGGGACUGCAGUUGUCACCGUGGCGGGAGUCCAGCCUGGAUGGGGCCGGCGGCCCCGGGAAGGACGGCUUGACCAGUUCCACUCUGCCCCGGAAUUACAAGGUGUCUCCGUUGGCCAGCGAUCGGAGACCGGAACCGGGGAGCUACCGGCGGUCUCUGCCCCCCGGGCCGCCGGGCACCCUGCCCCGGAGCUGGCAACCGGCCUCUCGCAUCCCCAUGCCCCCCGCCAGCGCCCCGGGCCGGGCCCCCCGUCAGCGCCCCAUCCCCCUCUCUAUGAUCUUCAAGCUGCAGAACGCUUUCUGGCAGUACGGGGCGGCCACGGCGGGGCCCCCCGGGUCCCCGAUCUUGAGCCGGGUCCUGUCCCAGUCCCAACCCGUGUCUCAGCCCCAGCUCCCCGCUCAGCCCCAGGCCCAGCCCCAGCUCCCCCCUCAGCCUCAGCCCCCUCCUCAGCCCCAGCAGCCCCAGCCCCCUCCUCAGCCCCAGCAGCCCCAGCCCCCUCCUCAGCCCCAGCAGCCCCAGCCCCAGGCUCCAGCCCCUCAAGUCCUCCCACCAGGUCGGGCCGUGGGCGUUGAAGAGGCCGCGAAGGCCGCCGAGCCGCUGGCCGACGCAGAGGCCGAGCUGGAAGGUCUCUUGCUGCUGCCGGUCAGCGAGGGGCCCGAGGCCGAAGAGGUGCCGCGGCCGCUGAGCCCCACACGGCUGCAGCCGGCGCUGCCCCCCGAGGCGCAGACCCUGCCCGAGCUGGAGGAGGUGGUCCGGGUCCUGGCCGACAUCCCCCGGCCCCUCAAGCGCCGCGGCUCCAUGGAGCAGAGCCCCGCGCCCGCCCUGCCCCCCACCCACAAGAAGCAGUACCAGCAGCUCAUCAGCCGCCUCUUCCACCGGCAAAGUCACCGCCAGGAUCCGGGCGGCGCCGCCGCCGCCACCGGGCCCGACCCCGACCUCGGCCCCAUCAACGAGGGCGCCGAGGCCAAGGCCCCGACCCCGGCCCCGCCGGCGCCCACCCCGCCCCCCACCCCGCCGCAGCUCCUCCUGCCCGAGCCAGCCGCCCCCCAGAGCCCGGUACGUGUCUGCCAGCAUCCCGCGCCCGUCCCUCCGUCCCUCCCUCCCUCGCCCUCGGUGAGUAGGCCGUCUCCCGGGCCGGCGGGCGGGAAGAAAGCCGGGGCCCGGAGGCGGGCAGCCGGACCACCCGCUGACCCCGCGCCCCUGCCCCAGGAGACCCGCUCGGUGCUGCGCAAGGCCGGCUCCCCGCGGAAGAGCCGCCGAGCCCGGCUCAACCCGCUGGUGCGGCUGCUGGACGCCGCGCUGACCGGAGAGCUGGACGUGGUGCAGCAGGCCGUCAAGGAGAUGAACGACCCCAGCCAGCCCAAUGACGAGGGCAUCACGGCACUACACAACGCCAUCUGCGGUGCCAAUUACAGCAUCGUGGACUUCCUCAUUGGCGCGGGAGCCAACGUGAACUCGCCGGACAGCCACGGCUGGACCCCGUUACACUGUGCCGCCUCGUGCAACGACACGGCCAUCUGCACGGCGCUAGUCAAGCACGGAGCCUCGGUCUUCGCCACCACGUUCAGCGACGGCGCCAUGGCAAUCGAGAAGUGUGACCCAUACCGGGAUGGCUACGCCGACUGCGUCACCUACCUGGCAGACGCGGAGCAGAGCCUGGGGCUCAUGAACAACGGGGCGGUGUACGCGCUCUGGGACUACAGUGCCGAGUUCGGGGACGAGCUGUCCUUCCGCGAGGGCGAGCCCGUGACCGUCCUGCGGCGGGACGGGCCCGAGGAGACCGACUGGUGGUGGGCGUCGCUCUACGGCCACGAGGGCUACGUGCCCAGGAACUACUUCGGGCUAUUCCCCAGGGUUCGGCUCCAACGCCACAAGGUGUAAACCAGGAUCGUCGGCGCUUCCUCAUCCUGCUGCGGUCACACGCACGGACCGAGCAUCUGGCUCAGACUGGGUGGCCGGAGCAUCCCCCUUCCCCCCAAUGCGCCCCUCCGUUUUAUUCUUCGUCAAUAAAAAGUGCCUUCAAU